AUGCGACGCGAGAGUGUAACCGCUACUCCACCAACGCACGCGAACGUGUUCACACUUCAGCGAUUCGAUUGGUGUGCCCGACUCAUCGAACGACGACCCAGUAACUGUUUUGGUUGUGACGAUCUAUUGACCCGCCAGUUAGGACUUCCCAGUCAGUCGGAACCACCGGUGCUAGGUACGAAGUCAGAUAGAAAAAAGCAUCUGCGAGACCAAGAAACUUGGUGGAUCCAAAGAGCUGAGGAAAGAGAGGAGUCAAAGAACGAUGAGAAUGUGGACCAGCUGGCGACGUCGAGGCAUACAGGCGGUCCGGGUCCGCUGUCUGAUUGUUGCUUUGUUCGCCAAUCCAACUACUACGCUUGGUGUGCUGGCUGGUCAUCUGCAGUUAUUCAGCCGGAUUCCAGACCCAUAGCGCAUCCGCGGACAGUGAUUCUGGAAUCCCCGACAUCUCCGAAAAUAGGCAAACGCCUUUUAUCUCUCAAGGGUCACCGACUGUCGGUCCUUAUGAACUUACAUCCGCUCUGUUUAAAGCAAGAGCUGGAACUCUCAGUUGCUGUGGCAACUUUUCGGUGCCUAACUGCUAUACCACCCGACGGCGUUAUGAGGGCUGAGAUACUGCCAAGUUGCUCAAACCUGGACAGGAGCGGUCAAGAUGUAGUGGUCCUGUUCGAACCACGGCAAGUUCGUGCCCUAACCACUUAG